AACUUGUGUUGAACCUAGUUUUAUGCUUAAUCCUCUUUGAAAUGAAAUUCGUUGUAACUAAAUUUGUGCGUUUUCUCUCAUAUUAAAGCAAUUUUAAUUAGAGAUGGGUAUAUCUUAGACUGACAAUUCUUCUUCAGUUUCAGUCUCUGGGAAGUCUUGGAAGCUAUCUUGAUUGACUUAACCAAUUAUCUUUUUUUUUUCUUUUCCAUGGCAGGGAUACACAAUGAUAGGAUCUUUUAUUACGAGGGAUGGUUUUUGGCUAUGCCUUCCCAGCCUAUGAGUGCUAUAAGGCAGUUGAAAAGAAUAGACCAGAAAUUGAACAGCUUCGCUUUUGGUGCCAGUACUGGAUUUUGGUAGCUGUUUUGACAAUAUGUGAGAGGAUUGGUGAUACUUUUAUUUCUUGGGUCCCAAUGUAUAGUGAAGCUAAGUUGGCAUUUUUCAUAUACUUGUGGUACCCGAAAACUAAGGGAACAACAUAUGUGUACGAUUCUUUCUUUAGACCGUAUGUUGCAAAACAUGAGCCAGAAAUUGAUCGCAACUUAUUGGAACUAAGGACAAGGGCAGGAGACAUCGCAGUUUUGUAUUGGCAAAAAGUUGCUACCUAUGGCCAGACUAGAGUAUUUGACAUUUUGCAGUAUGUUGCAGCCCAAUCAACAACUUCGCCACGCCCUACUCAGCAACCAUCAACUGCGAGGGUGCGUCAACCCCCAUCUACUGAUAGCCAACCAGCGGCUGUAACAGAACCACGAGCUGAAGAUCCAGCUGCUACCUCUAACACAUCAAGUCAGCUCCAGAAAGUAGCAGCAGAGGAACCCUCUACUGUAGCAGCAAGUUUAAAGAGUCAGAAGUCCAAUUCUAUGCCUGAAAAUACCAACCAAUCCGUACCUGCCGAGGAAGAGUCAAUGCAGAAUGUAGCAAUAGCACCUUCAUCCUCUUCUGCAAAUGCAGAUGAGAACCCUCCCUUGGAAGAUACCAUAAUGGAAGAAAGUAUUAGGGUAACACGAGCUAGACUUAGAAACAAUCGAUCGGCUGGAAUCCGUUAGGACAUCAACAGUUUCAACUUUUAGCCUGAAAAAACAAUGGUGGGUGUCCAAUUGUAAAAUUUUAUGUAAAUCACUUGCCUCAGCUUCAUUCCAUCUAUUGCUUUUUUUCUUUCUUACGAAUAAUUCUAAUUUUUUUACCAGAUCUUAUCAUUCUUAA